CUAACAAUAGCCGCCGGCGGAACAUUUCUCUAUUUUCAAUCAUUUUUGCGUGUUUCCCAUGACCCGCCACAAGGUUGACCAGAAGAGGGUUCCAUAUAAUUACUUGUUGCUCAAGACUAUGCAUACAUAAAAAUACAUCACAGGUAUGCAGGUCAGCUGGCGGAGGAGCGUAAGACUUGUGUCCAAAAUGGCCGAAGAAAUUAGUAAAACAACAGCAGGUACAGUAGCAGAAUCUUCCACUAACAGAAUAAAUGACGGAAGAACUCCAUCAAUUGUUCGCUGGCCUGUUUUUCUUAGAUGGAUUCCCACCUCUACACAGCAUAUAAUUGCCUCCGAACGGAGACUCCUCUCUAUCGUCAAGACUCCAUAUGUGCAAGAGCAGGUCAACAUUGGCAGUGGACCGCCAGGAUCAAAGGUGUCAUGGUUCAGAUCUUCAAGUAGCGAGCCUCGAUUUAUUAAUACAGUGACCUUUGAGUCUACUGCUGACAAUGGUAGCAGUGCGCCAACUUUGGUGAUGGUUCAUGGUUAUGGGGCUUCUCAGGGUUUGUUCUUCCGUAAUUUUGAUGUGCUUGCCACUCGAUUCAGAGUCAUUGCUAUUGACCAAUUAGGAUGGGGUGCAUCAAGUCGACCAGACUUUACAUGUGAAAGCACAGAAGAAACAGAAUCCUGGUUCAUUGAUUCAUUUGAAGCAUGGCGUAAAGCCAAAAAUCUAGAUAACUUCAUUUUACUAGGUCAUUCUCUUGGGGGUUAUGUGGCUGCAAAAUAUGCUAUUAAGCACCCAGGGCAUGUUCAGCACCUAAUAUUGGUUGGUCCUGCUGGUUUCUCUUUAGAGUCAGAUCAAAAGUAUGAGUGGAUAGUAAAGUUUAAAACAACAUGGAAGGGCAAAAUACUGAACCAUUUUUGGGAGACCAAUUUCACUCCACAAAAGAUUGUUCGGGGUCUAGGGCCUUGGGGUCCAAAUUUGGUGCAAAAAUACACAACUUCUCGAUUUGGAACUCACUCAGCUGGUGACAUGUUGAAUGAUGAAGAAUCCAACUUGCUUUCAGAUUAUUUCUAUCAUACAUUAGCUGCAAGAGCAUCUGGGGAGUUGUGCCUGAAGCAUAUAUUUUCGUUUGGAGCAUUUUCUCGAAAACCGCUUUUAGAAUGUGCACCAGAGUGGAAGGUACCAACCACUUUCAUAUAUGGUUAUCAUGAUUGGAUGGACUUUGAAGGAGCACAGGAAGCUCGUAAAAAUAUGAAUGUUCCUGUUGAGAUCAUAAGACUUCCUCGAGCUGGUCACUUCGCUUUCCUAGACAAUGCGGCAGGAUUCCACUCAGCAGUGUUCUAUGCACUUCGGAAAUUUCUUGGAAAGGAGCAUGAAAAUGAAAGCAUUCCUGAAGGGCUUACGCAAGCAUAGCGAAUUUUGUGAUUCACGAAUGCAGUGUUCCUUACAAAUUUAAGAACUAGAUGAAAUGUAUCUAACUUAUCAUUUGAUCUGAAAAUUGUUCAUUUAUUAUUAUUUUAAUUAAAAAUUUCGGUAUAAGGUGGUGGCAUUCCAUCACAAAACUUCAAAAGUUGAUGUAACAUAAUAUGUAUAACCUUGUAGAUCUCAUUCUUUAAACUAGAAGAUUAUGAACUCAAGAACACUAGUAUGAUCUUAUUCUUUAUUUUUUAUUUCGUAUACAACUUUCCUUCUUUUAUGGAAUGUUCAA